ACGAACAUCGCAUGCCACCAGCUGCGAAAUUGGCCCGAAAACUUUACCAAGAUCGUAUUCAUGAAUUAAGAUCUCAGGUUUCGUCAACCGAACAAAGACUUCGUGACACACUUUUUUUCUCAAAUGUGCAAAGGAACAUCUUCACCGAAAUUGAAGAUAUUAAGGCCGGAAAAUACGAUGAUAAAUUGGCAGAAAUAUUGAAAACAGAAGAUGAACAAAAAAGUCAAGACCAUUCCAAAAAAGAACGGUUUUCGGAACGACAAGAGGAGGAAAAUCCAGAUACAUAUGAUGAAAUUGUAGAAGAAACGGUACUUGCAUCUUCUGCAAAUAUUUCAGAUCAUGCAGGUAGAUCAUCGACUCAACCUAUUGUUGUUGAUAAUGAUAAUGAUGGCCCAAUUAUUAUUGAAGAGCCAGAUGUGUCAGAAGUAAGUUCGGAUAAACGAACAAAGAAUGCUAAUGAAGAGAAAAAAAUAGGAAUUUCUUUUACGGAUAAGAAAUUAGAAUUAAAUAAUGAAAACGAUAAAUCGCUAAAUAUGAACGAUAGAGAAGGUGCACAGGUAUUAGAAGCCACAGGGAAAACAGAAUCAAUAAUUUUUGAUUCUACGGAGGAAAACGAAGUUGAUCAAAAAUCCAAAUUGAUACAUGCAACAGAAGAAUCCUUUACAACAAUUAGAACACCAUCAACGCCACUUACGGAAUCAAACGAGCCUAAAUACGAUGAACAAAUUGAACAAUCAUCAGAAGUACAAAUGAACACGGAAAUUAUGGAAGAGGACAUUCUAAAUGAUUCACAAAAGUCAACAGAUCGAGAAGUUGAUAUGAUGGAUAUUGAU